AUGACGAACACGCACUUGAUUAGAGUUGCAGCAAGGCACUGGCAGAGGAGCAAGCGGGCUGCCGUAACAAGGCGUGAGCUCACUGCAGCAAGGCGUGAGCUCACUGCAGCAAGGCGUGAGCUCACUGCAGCAAGGCGUGAGCUCACUGCAGCAAGGCGUGAGCUCACUGCAGCAAGGCGUGAGCUCAGUGCAGCAAGGCGUGAGCUCAGUGCAGCAAGGCGUGAGCUCAGUGCAGCAAGGCGUGAGCUCACUGCAGCAAGGCGUGACCUCACUGCAGCAAGGCGUGAGCUCACUGCAGCAAGGCGUGAGCUCACUGCAGCAAGGCGUGAGCUCACUGCAGCAAGGCGUGAGCUCACUGCAGCAAGGCGUGAGCUCACUGCAGCAAGGCGUGAGCGCACUGCAGCAAGGCGUGAGCUCACUGCAGCAAGGCGUGAGCUCACUGCAGCAAGGCGUGAGCUCAGUGCAGCAAGGCGUGAGCUCACUGCAGCAAGGCGUGAGCUCACUGCAGCAAGGCGUGAGCUCACUGCAGCAAGGCGUGAGCGCACUGCAGCAAGGCGUGAGCUCACUGCAGCAAGGCGUGAGCUCACUGCAGCAAGGCGUGAGCUCACUGCAGCAAGGCGUGAGCUCACUGCAGCAAGGCGUGAGCUCACUGCAGCAAGGCGUGAGCUCACUGCAGCAAGGCGUGAGCUCACUGCAGCAAGGCGUGAGCUCAGUGCAGCAAGGCGUGAGCUCACUGCAGCAAGGCGUGAGCUCACUGCAGCAAGGCGUGAGCUCACUGCAGCAAGGCGUGAGCUCAGUGCAGCAAGGCGUGAGCUCACUGCAGCAAGGCGUGAGCUCACUGCAGCAAGGCGUGAGCUCACUGCAGCAAGGCGUGAGCUCACUGCAGCAAGGCGUGAGCGCACUGCAGCAAGGCGUGAGCUCACUGCAGCAAGGCGUGAGCUCACUGCAGCAAGGCGUGAGCUCACUGCAGCAAGGCGUGAGCUCACUGCAGCAAGGAGUGAGCUCACUGCAGCAAGGCGUGAGCUCACUGCAGCAAGGCGUGAGCUCACUGCAGCAAGGCGUGAGCUCACUGCAGCAAGGCGUGAGCUCAGUGCAGCAAGGCGUGAGCUCACUGCAGCAAGGCGUGAGCUCACUGCAGCAAGGCGUGAGCUCACUGCAGCAAGGCGUGAGCUCACUGCAGCAAGGCGUGAGCGCACUGCAGCAAGGCGUGAGCUCACUGCAGCAAGGCGUGAGCUCACUGCAGCAAGGCGUGAGCUCACUGCAGCAAGGCGUGAGCUCACUGCAGCAAGGAGUGAGCUCACUGCAGCAAGGCGUGAGCUCACUGCAGCAAGGCGUGAGCUCACUGCAGCAAGGCGUGAGCUCACUGCAGCAAGGCGUGAGCUCACUGCAGCAAGGCGUGAGCUCACUGCAGCAAGGCGUGAGCUCACUGCAGCAAGGCGUGAGCUCACUGCAGCAAGGCGUGAGCUCACUGCAGCAAGGCGUGAGCUCACUGCAGCAAGGCGUGAGCUCACUGCAGCAACGCGUGAGCUCACUGCAGCAAGGCGUGAGCUCACUGCAGCAAGGCGUGAGCUCACUGCAGCAACACGUGAGCUCACUGCAGCAACGCGUGAGCUCACUGCAGCAAGGCGUGAGCUCACUGCAGCAACGCGUGAGCUCACUGCAGCAACGCGCGCCAGCGCGCUUGGCGCCGGCGCGCUAUGCGCCAGCGCGCUAGGCGCCAGCGCGUUUGGCGCCAGCGCGUUAGGCGCCAGCGCAGCAAGCGCCAGCGCGCUAGGCGCUAGCGCGUUAGGCGCCAGCGCUCUAGGCGCCUGCGCAUUAGGCGCCAGCGCGCUAGGCGCCAGCGCGUUUGGCGCCAGCGCGUUAGGCGCCAGCGCGUUAGGCGCCAGCACUCUAGGCGCUUGCGCAUUAGGCGCCAGCGCGCUAGGAACCAGCGCGCUAUGCGCCAACGCGCUAGGCGGCAGCGCGCUAGGCGCGCUCUAG